GGAGCGGUAGACGUCACCAGGCAGGCGGAAAUUGAGGAACCGUUUUUUGGAUGCGAUAGGUUAUCUCUUCUGAUUCUUAUCAGUCCUUUCUUUAAAUAAAGGCCUUAAACAGCUCUUUAGCAAGAAUGGACAUUGCUAGUAAAUAUCGCUUUAAAUAUAUCCGUUUUAUUUGUUUACGUGGGUUCGCCUUCGGGUUUUCAUUUUUCAUCCGCCAACCAUCUUGGCUUCGCUGUUUGGUCUGUGUGAUCAUCUGUGCUGCGUUGAUGUGGGAUAAAUCAUUCCAAAAUGAUGGAGCCAGGGGAUAUGCCCGAUUUGGAGUUCGUUUAUGAUGACGCCGACACGCACGAGAAUGAAAUCGCCGAGCUGUACACAUACACGGAGGAACCGGAGUUUUUGUAUAACAAGAAGGCGUUCGAAGAUGUUAUGACAGAGUAUGGCCUGGACCCCCGGUGGCAGGCCCUGAGCGAGGCCGCCCGCCAGGAGGUGGCGCUGCGGCUCAUGGACGGGGUGGAGGUGAGCGGGAGGGUGGCCCGGAUGCGGGCGGUGCGGGCGGUGCUGUACCUGGCCCAGGGCGCCCCCGGCGAGUGCGCCAGCCUCGAGGAGCAGCCCCAGAGGGCCCGGGAGAACGUCUUCCUGCUCUACCGCAGCGGCUUCUUCCACCUUUUCCUACAGCUGCUCAACAUGGAGAUUGAGAACAGCAGCGCGGCCACGUGCGCCCUAAGGAAGCCGGCGGUGUCCCUGGGCGACAGCACGGACCUGCGGGCCAUACUGAGCGUGCUCUACACCUUCGUGGAGGUGAUGCGGGUGGCCGCCGAGGCCGACACCGACGACAUGAAGCGGGACCGGGAGGUCUUCUCCCAGGAGCUGGCCCAGCCCAUCCUGGGGGAAGACCUGCUGGCCAUCACGCUGUUCCAGAUGAUCAUCAAGUUCUGCAGCGGCUCCACACCCCACUUCCCGAUCAAGAAGGUGCUUCUGUUGCUCUGGAAGACUAUACUGGUUUCCCUAGGCGGCAGUGACCGGCUGCGGCAGCUGAAGGCGGACUACCGGGCGGCCCAGGAGCUUCCCCCGGCACCGGAGGACACGGUGGAGGUGGCGCGCACCAUGCGGGCCUCCUCGCCCCCCACCUCGGCCGCCGACCUGAUCGAGGCCCAGCAGCUGCGCAAGACCAACCGCCCCUUCAAGCGGCAGAGCCUGGUGAAACAGAGCAGCAUGGAGGACUUCCAAGACAUGGAAGGAGAUGCCAAUGCAGACGAGGAACUCAGGGACAUGGAAGAGCGCCAGCCUCUCGCCAUGGAGACGUCGUCGUUGAGCGAGGACCAGGAGAUGUCGUCCCUGCGUCCGUCCACUCCGGGGCCGGGCGGGGAGGGCAGGGAGGCCUCCGGUUCUCUGGACACGACCUUCACGCUGCCGGGUCCCCCGGUGUCCGAGGUCUCCAAGGGCCUGCCCUGGGUGCCCAAGGUGCGCCCCGGGGACGUGGACGCCUUCCUCGACUCCACCCGGCUCAAGUUUGUCGGCUUCCAGCUGCCCGACGACCGGACCACCCUGGCGGGGCUGCCGGAGCCCAUCCACGAGGGGCUGCGCGUUCUCAAGCAGCACAUGUACACCUCGCUGGCCGAGGUACAGAUGAAGAAGGAAGAGGACAUGGCCAAGCACCCGCUCUCCAUGAAGGAGACGGAGAUCCCGGCCACCCCCGCCGAGGUCCUCUACCAGGCCAUGCUUCCCAGCAUGCCUCAAUACAUGAUUGCGCUGCUGAAAAUUUUGCUGGCUGCUGCUCCAACUUCGAAAGCCAAGACGGAGUCGGUGAACAUCAUGGCGGAUGUUUUGCCAGAAGAGAUGCCUGUCCUUGGAUCUGGCGGCAGCAUCACGGUGCUGCAGUCCAUGAAGCUGGGCAUCGACGUCAACCGCCACAAGGAGAUCAUAGUCAAGGCCAUCUCGGGCGUGCUGCUCCUGCUGCUCAAGCACUUCAAGAUCAACCACGUGCUCCAGUUUGAGUACAUGGGCCAGCAGCUCAUGUUUGCCAACUGCAUCCCGCUUGUGCUCAAGUUCUUCAACCAGAACAUCAACUCCUACGUGGGGGCCAAGAACACGAUCUCCGUGAUCGACUUUGCAGCCUGCGUAAUCGGUGAGCAGCCAGAGCUGACAGCAGAAACGCUCGAGAUAGGUGAGCAGCAGCCGUACUGUUGGAGGAACGUCUUUUCCUGCAUCAACCUGCUCAGGGUCCUCAACAAACUGACCAAGUGGAAGCACUCUCGCAUCAUGAUGCUGGUGGUGUUCAAGUCUGCGCCGAUCUUGAAACGGACGCUGAAGGUGAAGCAUGCCACGAUGCAGCUGUACGUCCUGAAGCUGCUCAAGAUGCAGACCAAGUACCUGGGGCGCCAGUGGCGCAAGUCCAACAUGAAGACCAUGUCGGCCAUCUACCAGAAGGUCAGGCACCGCCUCAACGACGACUGGGCUUAUGGAAAUGACCUCGACGCACGCCCAUGGGACUUCCAGGCGGAGGAGUUUGCGCUGCAGGCGAGCAUCAACGGCUUCCACAGCCGGCGCUACGACAAGCCCUCGUCUUCCUCCCAGCAGCAGGACGCAGCCUCCGACUUCCAGCCCGUAGACAACAACUUCCUCUCGGUGCUGGGCCGGGAUCUGGAGCUGAGCCCGGAGUUCAAGCUGCACUACGAGUCCUGGCUGCACGGGGACGUCUUCCGCACCACCGUCGACUGGGACCGCCUCCUCAGCCCGGGCUACCUCUAGAGCUCCCUUCCCAUCUGGUCCUGCCCACCCAUCUGGCCCCACCCACUUGUCUGGCCCUCCCCUCUGCCUUCCCGCUACUGGAGCACAUGGCUGUUGUGAUUGGGCGAGACAUUCUCUCUCUCUGGCAUCUUCCCAGGGGCAGAUUUAUGGCUUCGGGGGGGGGGGGGAUUUGGCUCGAGGAGGGAUAUAUUUUCCCUUCGUUAAACCCGCCAUAGUCACUCUCCGCACAUUGCAUUGGGACUUCACUGUGCGACCUUCUGUUCCGUAUCUACUAUGCUCCGUCUCACAAAUGUCCGCAGUAAAGACAAAGGCCUAGCUCAGCAGAAUGCUUUUGUUUGUACGAGAACUUCUCGCGUAGAGCCACUUUCCGAGACCAUGCGCUCAUGCCUUUGUCUGCACCGCAGAUGUUUGCCAGAUGGAGUCGUAAUGUCCGCACCCUUCUACACCGGGUCGCUGGAACGUUUGCUACCUCGAGUCUGCGAGGUGUGGCGUGAUCUUCGGUCCAACCUAGCAAUGUGCCGUUUCAUUCCUAUCGUCGAGGCAAAAAUGAUCUCCUCCGCGACACGUCGUGCACCUCGUCGAAAAAAAGCAGUCCGAGCUCCACCCGAACCGACGAAGAAGGGAGCCCCACUUUCUGCCUAACCUUUGCCACUUCCCUAUGCUUGGAGAAGGGAGCCAACCAACUCCGUCUUUUGAUGCCAGUGCGUACUACUUUGGUGCAACUCGAAAUCUCGAUGCAGCGGUACGUUAGUGCAACCCCAUCUGUUGAUACACAUCAGGGUGCAGCUCCACAUGUUGAUGUCUGUUGAUACAACUGCACAUGUGGGUGCAACUGCAUGCACCUGCCGUGCAGAGCGCUCGGUGUGGGAGACUGAAGGAACCAUGGGAUGCCGAGUACAACUUCCAUAAGCACUCUUUCGGAGGAUGCGGCCCCGACAGAGGGGACGUUCUUUGCCCCGUCUUCUGACGAAAGUUUGCAGAUUCUGUCCCCUGUAGAGGGAGUAGCACUUUAUGUACUGCAUUCUCCUGUCUGUAAAAAGCAGCGCCUACCCCGAAACGUUGUCCCGUUUUGUUACGGAGACCGUAAUCUUCGAAAUCUCCUUGCUUGCAACGUUCAGGUCGCACACUCAACGGCAAAAUGGCCGUUCAACAGCAUCCCGCCUCCACUCGAAAGUGUUUCCUCCUAUUUGAAAGCUGCAUUUCGGUUUUAGGUGUCUUCUUGUACAUAGCUCGUGCUUUGCUCCUGUUCUCUGAACAUCUCUCUUUCAAAGAGCAAAGGGUAUUUAAAGGAAUAAAGUAUCCAAACCGA